AACCACACCAUCAUCCAUCAUCCAUCAUCCACCAUCCAUCCUCAUCCCCUUCACUCACUCACUCACUCCUUUCCUCAUUUCUCUUCCUGAACUAAAUCGCUCUCUCUUUCUCCACGCCCAGCCCACAAUGGCGUCUCUUUCUGUUUCCCGUUUUGCCCUUACCAUCCUCCUCUAUUUCCUCCUUUCGUCCCCCACAUUCGCCGCCGCCCUCAACAUCACCUCCCUCCUGUCCCUUUACCCAGACCUCUCCGCCUUCGCCGCCCUCCUCGCCAACACCUCUGUCGCCGCCGAUCUCACCGACCGCUCCUCCCUCACCCUCCUCGUCGUCCCCAACCGCUACCUCUCUUCACCGCCCGCCGCCGCCCGCCGCGCGGCCCCCUCCAACUUUGCAGACGUCCUCCGCUACAACGUCCUCCUCCAAUACCUCUCCCCCUCCGACCUCGCCCAGAUUCCGGCCACCGGGAAACUUAUCACGACCCUCUACCAGACCACCGGCCGCGCCACCGACAACUUCGGCCUCGUCAACAUCACCCGCAACCCCCUCACCGGCGCCGUCUCCGUCUCGUCCCCAGCCUCCAACGCAACCAUUCUCUCCAACGUCACCGCCGUUCCGUACAAUGUCAGCAUAUUCGCCGUCGAUUCGCUCCUCGUGCCGUACGGACUCGAUCUCCUGGCGUCGGAGAGCAGACCCCCCUUGGGAUUGAACAUCACGAAGGCACUGAUCGACGGCCACAACUUCAACGUCGCCGCGUCGAUGCUGGCGGCGUCGGGAGUGGUUCAGGAGUUCGAGGCCGACGAGGGUGGGGCCGGUUUGACUCUGUUCGUGCCCACCGACGACGCCUUCGCCGAUCUGCCGACAACAGAGAGGUUACAGUCAUUGCCGGCGGAUAAGAAAGCCAUCGUACUCAAAUUCCACGUCUUGCAUUCUUACUACCCACUGGGUUCGCUCCAGUCGAUCGUGAACCCGGUUCAGCCAACGGUGGCAACGGAGGACACCGGCGCCGGAACAUUCACUCUGAACAUCUCGAGGUUUAACGGGUCGGUGGUGAUCAGUUCGGGAAUAGUUCAAGCAUCCGUGACGCAGACCGUGUUCGACGAAAAGCCGAUGGCCAUUUUUGGGGUUUCUAGGGUUCUAUUACCCAGAGAGAUCUUCGGGAAGAACGCAAUAGAUAUUGGGGGUGGUGGUGGUGCUCCGCCGCCGGGUAUUUUAUUAUCGCCGCAAACUUCACCUGGGAUGUUCAGCCCACCGUCUCGGCUCUCAUCUCCGCCGGGUUUCCGGGAAGAGAUCCGAUCGGGAGCUACCACCACGAAUGACCUGCACAAGAGCUGCAUCAUCGUCACCGUAUGCUGUUGUAUAGGGCUGUAUUUAUUGGUGUGAAAUCAUUUAUAUCUUUUCUCAUUGUUAUUAAUUUUUUGGGGGGGGCGGGGGGUGGGUUGGUCAAUUUUUUGCAAAUUUUCAUACGAGUAAAUUAAUUCGGCUCCAAAAUCAGCCGUUUUUAUUAAUUUUUUCCCCUGUUAUCCAUGGGGAGGAGGAGGAUGGAACAAUGUAGCUCCAAAGGCACCAUUUUUUCCCCCCUUUUUUCUGGAUCUGCAAUUUAUAAUUGUAAUUUUCAAUGUAAAAAGAGUUUGAAUUUUUGGUGUUA